CCAUCUUCAGAUGCUUUGCUUGUCAAUAAAGCCAACCCCUCUAGAGACUGUUUAUGCCAUUAUAAUCUGUUGCUUCUUUGUUUGUUUUUUGCACGAUGGAAGAGGAUGACUUGCCAUGUUGCCAGCCCUUGUUUUGGGCGUAUCUAAUAAUAUGUUUAGUACUUUUGGCAUUUGCAGGUAUCACUUCAGGCCUUGCUUUGGGACUCUUGUCCUUCAGCCAAGUUGAUCUUGAGGUCCUCAUUAAGGCUGGGCAGCCAGAAGCACAGAAGAAUGCAACAAAGGUUAUGCCAGUUGUUAAAAACGAGCAUUUACUUUUAUGUACCCUCCUCACCGGAAAAUCGCUAGCAAUGGCGGCACUGCCCAUUUUCAUGGACUCAAUUCAACCGGCUUGGGUUGCCAUUCUAGUGUCAACGGCCCUUGUACUUGCAUUUGUAGAGAUCAUCCCCCAAGCCCUGUGUUCUCGUUAUGCACUGAGUCUUGGUGCAAAACUUGCUACCUUUGUUAGUCUGCUUCUGCUGGUCUUCUUCCCUGUAUCAUAUCCAAUCAGUAAGCUCUUAGAUUGGUUUUUUGGGAAAGGUCAUGGUUCACUAUUAAGACGAGCAGAGCUGAAGACAUUGGUGGAUUUGCAUGCAAAUGAGGCAGGGAGAGGUGGAGAGUUAUCACUUCAUGAAACUUCUAUUAUUACCGGUGCUUUGGAUUUAACAGAAAAAACUGCUAAAGAUGCCAUGACACCUAUAUCAGAGGCCUUUUCUCUUGAUAUAAAUUCCAAACUCGAUAUGCAUACAAUGGGUUUAAUAAUGAGCAAAGGUCACAGUCGUAUACCAAUCUACUCUGGAUAUCCAACAAAUAUCAUUGGCGUCAUUCUGGUUAAGAAUUUGAUCUUCUGCCGCCCUGAAGAAGAAAUUCCAAUAAAAUAUACGGCAAUCAGGAAAAUUCCUAGGGUAUAUGACAAUUGGCCACUCUAUGAUGUACUGCAUUUAUUUGAGAAGGGUCACUGCCAUAUGGCUGUUGUUAUUCAGAGCAAGGAGGAUGCUAACAACAUAGCAAAUAAUGCAAUCGGCAACACUAACAUGUUUACCAUAAAUACUAAUUCCAGUUCAUAUCCACUGCCUGCAGAGCACAGAGAAUUAUCUUCAAUUGAUGAGAAAGAGUAUCUGAGUAACUCCACAGAUGCAUCUUCUCUUUUUUCGACUGACACAGACUAUUAUAGUGCUGUAAUGACAAAUUUCAUUGAGCAAGAUGGAAAUUUGCAUCCCCAGUAUAAACAACGGGAACGAGGGGGUGGAAAAACUUUACAGGAUUAUCUAGAAUCUCAUCGAGGAAAUUUGGAGGAGGAGGUCAUUGGAAUCAUCACAAUGCAAGAUGUUAUAGAGGAACUGCUACAGGAAGAUAUACUGGAUGAAACUGACCACUAUGUCAACGUUCACAACAGAAUUAGAAUCAAUCUGAUAUCUUCAAUAAGAUCAUCAUCAAGGUCUUCAAGAAGAUCUUCUACUUCUAAUAUUCAUGGGAGAACUCCAGAACCAUCUCCACUACACUCUUGUGCAUCAUUCAGGGAUUUACCUUUUUAUGCAGCCCCCAGUCACAAGAGCCACUCCAUAUUCCUCCCCUGAAAACUCCUUGGUGAAUUCUCCAGCUGGUUGAUAGCCAAAAUCCAGAAUCAUUGUGCAUUUGUGCCCCCAAAUGAUCACUUCUAAAAAACUCUCUUUUUUUUAAAAAAAAAAAAAAAAAAGAACUUCAAUUACAAACAAAAUACGAGCAUUAUGUUAAGGUAUUGUUUAAAUGAUUAAAUUUAUCAUUUCUUAUCAGUUUAAACUUUUGAGAUAAGUGGUGAUUGAACAUUAUAUUAGAGCAGAGGUCAUGAGUUUGAACCA